UCACAACUCAAAAGGACCUCUCUCUCUCUCUCUCUCUCUCUCUCUCUCUCUCCACCGUUCUCUACAAAACGUGUCUUUACCAACUUUCAACUCAGUCACUUGCUCAAACUCAUGGAGCAGCACCUACACAGCCACACUCCCUUUCUGUUCUAUUUUUAAAAUAAAAGAGAGAGAACCAGUUCUGUUCUAUUUGUUUUGGAUUAUUUUAGUUAUUUGGUUAGUGACAAUGCAACUUUAUGUCUGCAGCACGGAGUGAUGUUUGGCCUCUCUCUUCUUCUUUUCUUUGUUUGCACCAUUUUCAUGGUAUCGUAUUCUCUUCGAAUUAAUUCCUCUCUCUCAGUUUAGCUUCUCGUACCCAUAAUGGAGAUUAGGCUUUCCCUCUUCUCUCUCUCGUUCUUCCUUCUGUUUCUCUUGGAUGCCUCCUCAGCCCAGAUGCCAGGUUUUGUGAGUUUUGAUUGUGGAGGUCAAGAAAAUUUCACGGAUGACCUUGGCCUUAAGUGGACUCCUGACAGUCAGCUUGCUUACGGAGAAACCGCUAUGAUAGAUGUUGAAAAAGAGACACGCAAGCAAUACAAGACCCUGAGACACUUUCCUUCUGAUUCCAGGAAGUAUUGUUACACAUUUAAAGUCAUACGUAGGACUAGGUACCUUGUGAGAGCAACAUUCUUGUAUGGUAACUUUGACAAAAACAAUGAUUACCCAAAAUUUGACAUUUCCCUCGGGGCAACUCUUUGGUCAACUAUAGCCAUUUCAAAUGCUAGUACUAUACAAGUCCGAGAGCUAAUAUUCCUGGCUUCAAGUCCCACUAUCAGUGUGUGCUUAUCCAAUGCUUCUACUGGGCAGCCGUUUAUAUCUACUCUUGAGCUCCGACAAUUUAAUGGUACAUUUUACUCAACAGCCUAUGAGGAUCAGUAUUACCUCAGUGUCUCUGCGAGGAUAAACUUUGGUGCAGAUAGUGAAACUCCAGUCAGGUAUCCUGAUGAUCCUUUUGAUAGAAUAUGGGAGUCAGACUCUGUGAAGAAAGCAAAUUACCUUGUUGAUGUUGCUGCUGGAACCAAAAAAGUGUCAACCAAAAUGCCAAUUGAUGUUACAGAGCCUGGCAGUCCACCAGAAAAAGUGAUGCAGACUGCUGUAGUUGGCACAAAUGGGUCAUUAACUUAUCGAUUAAACUUGUAUGGCUUUCCUGGUUUUGGAUGGGCAUACGCCUACCUCGCAGAAAUUGAAGAUUUGGAUUCAGACGAGUCUCGAAAAUUCAGAAUGGUACUCCCAGGCAAUACUGAUAUAAGCAUGAUUUCAGUCAUUAAUAUUGAAGAGAAUGCUCAAGGAAAAUAUCGUCUUUAUGAGCCAGGAUUUGAAAACUUAUCCCUUCCCUUUGUACUUAAUCUUAAAUGGGAAAAAACUUCCGAUUCUUCGAGGGGGCCUCUUUUGAAUGCCUUGGAGAUAAAUAAGUAUCUGGAGAAAAACUAUGGUUCUUUAGAUGGAACAGUCAUUGAAAAUGUGGCCUCAUACUACCCAUCUGUAGAUUGGGCACAAGAAGGUGGUGACCCAUGUCUACCUGUUCCAUGGUCAUGGGUGCAGUGUGACUCAAAUCCACAGCCAAAAAUUACUAAAAUUUCAUUGUCCAGAAAGAACUUGACUGGGAAUAUCCCUUCAGACUUGACAAAGUUGACCGGUUUAGUUGAGUUGUGGCUUGAUGGUAAUUCAUUUAGUGGUCCAAUACCUGAUUUUACUGGAUGUGCAGACUUGAAAAUCAUUCAUCUCGAGAAUAAUCAGUUGACGGGUGGACUGCCUUCCUCUUUGAUGAAACUACCAAAUUUGAGGGAAUUGUAUGUGCAAAACAAUAUGUUGUCAGGAACAGUGCCCUCAGGUCUUCGAAAUAAAAUCUUGGUCUUGAACUACUCUCAGAACAUCAAUCUAAGGGAAGGGGACAAAAGAGGGAGCCGCAUUAAUGUAAUCAUUGGUUCAUCAGUUGGGGCUACUGUUCUGCUUAUAGUUACUAUUUUUUCGUGCCUAUUUAUGAGAAUAGUGAAGAAAAGGUAUGCCAAGCAAGACCAACUGGAACAUGCCCUUCCUGUUGGAAGUUUAGUUUCUUCCAAUAGUGAUACUCCCACAGAAGCUGCACAUUGCUUCACUUUCUAUGAAAUUGAAGAUGCUACAAGAAAAUUUGAGAAGAGAAUUGGUUCUGGAGGAUUUGGAGUUGUAUACUAUGGAAUGAAAGAUGGAAAAGAAAUUGCAGUCAAAGUUCUAACCAGUAAUUCCUACCAAGGAAUGCGAGAAUUUUCUAAUGAGGUGACUCUUCUUUCAAGGAUACAUCACCGGAACCUGGUACAGUUUCUUGGGUAUUGUCAGGAAGGAGAUAGAAGUAUGCUUGUUUAUGAGUUCUUGCAUAAUGGAACUCUCAAGGAACACCUUUAUGGCCCAUUAAAGGGUGAACGAAGAAUCACUUGGAUCAAGCGACUUGAAAUUGCUGAGGAUGCUGCAAAAGGGAUUGAAUACCUUCAUACGGGCUGUGUUCCAGCCAUUAUUCAUAGAGAUUUGAAAACCAGCAAUAUUCUUCUUGACAAGCACAUGAGAGCAAAGGUUUCAGAUUUUGGUCUUUCAAAACUGGCGGUAGAUGGAGUCUCUCAUGUUUCAAGCAAAGUACGGGGCACAGUGGGUUAUCUGGAUCCCGAGUAUUAUAUCUCGCAGCAGUUGACGGACAAGAGCGACGUUUACAGCUUUGGUGUAAUUCUUCUGGAACUAUUGUCUGGCCAAGCAGCAAUAUCUGAUAAAAGCUUUGGUGUGGAUUGUUGUUACAUCGUCGAGUGGGCAAGGUUACAUAUUGAGAGCGGGGACAUUCAUGGAGUCAUUGAUCCCUCACUACAAGAUGAAUUUGACAUCCAGUCAAUGUGGAAGAUAGCAGAGAAAGCUCUGAUGUGCGUCCAACCUUACAGACAUAUGAGACCAUCAAUUUCAAAUGUUCUUAAGGAUAUUCAAGACGCACUCGUGAUUGCAAAGGAAGCAGCAGCCGUAAGAGAUGGUAAUAAUAAUUACCUAUCAUUUGAUGAAUCCAUUGCAAGGCCUUCUGCACGGUAGUUCUCUCAUUCAUCAUGUACAAAAACAAAAUGCCUUUUUAUGAGAAAAAAGAAAAUGGAAUUCUUUCUUAUAGGGGAGCUCACAACUAUGUUGCAUGUUGCCACAUCCUCCUUAAGUUUUGGACAUUGUAAUAGUGGUUUGUUUAAGUGACAAUAUCUAGUUCCUUGUAAAAGGUUUUGUAUUUUCCA